AUGAAGUGUCCCCGGGACCGCAGCUGCGCCCGCCGCCGGCCGCCCGCCCUCCGCGCCGCGUUGCUGCCGCCGCCGCCGCUGCUGCUGCUGCUGCUGCUGGUGCCGCGGGUCGCCGCCGCCCCGCUGCCCCACGGAGACUCCUCGGGAGAGGCCGAGCUGGACGAGGCGGCGGCGCGGCGGGCGGCGCUGCCCGACUGCCUGCGGCUGGCGCAGCUGCUGCACGCCCGGGCCGCACAGCUGCAGGACGAGAUGUGCGAGAAGUUUAGCGUCUGCCAGAACAGCAUGGAAAUGCUCCUCCGCAACAACCUCAACCUCCCCAAGGUGACGGAGAAAGAUGGGUGUCUGCUCGCCGGUUUCAAUGAGGAUAAAUGCUUGAGAAAAAUCUCCAGCGGGCUCUAUGCAUUUCAGACAUACCUCAGAUACAUACAAGAAACUUUUGUUAGUGAAAACCAAAAUGUUGAAUCGCUAUCCUAUAGUACAGAGCACCUGGCACGUACAAUAAGAAAGAUGGUGAUCAAUCCUGAAGAAGUGAUCAUCCCAGAUGCAGCUACCCAGGAAUCUCUCCACACAAAGCUGAAGUCUACUAAGGCUUGGACAGAGAAAAUCACCAUCCAUCUCAUCCUCCGAGAUUUUACUUCAUUUAUGGAGAAGACAGUGAGGGCUGUCCGCUAUCUGAAAAACACCAGGAGUUUCAGUGUCUGA